UGCAGUGGAUGAUUGAUUUAACUUUUGAACUAGGUUCACUUUUACCUGAAGACGUCUGAAAAAAAAUCUGAUAUUCCAACUUUAAUUAUUUUCAUUCAUAUUUCUUUUUGCUGCCUCCAAGGCUUGUUUUGAAUGAGAUUUUAAAAAGGAGAAAUACAAUGUACAACACAAAAGCUGCUGCGUAUUUAUACUGCCUGGUUUUAGCUACAACUUUAGAAAUCGGGACAGGUGUGGCAGCAAGAUCCCCAGAGACAAGUACAGAGUGUACUGGAACGUCCUGCAGCACCAGCACACCCAGCAGCACAUCCAUUACCACCAGCAGCACCAACACACACAGCAGCACAUCCAUUACCGCCAGUAGCACCAAAAUACCCAGCAGCACAUCUUUUCCCACCAGUAGCACCAACACACCCAGCAGCACAUCCAUUACCACCAGCAGCACCAACACACCCAGCAGCACAUCCGUUACCACCAGUAGCACCAAUACAGCCAGCAGCACAUCCAUUACUACCAGCAGCACCAAUACACCCAGCACCACAUCCAUUACCACCAGUAGCACCAACACACCCAGCAGCACAUCCGUUACCACCAGUAGCACCAACACACCCAGCAGCACAUCCAUUACCACCAGUAGCACCAACACACCCAGCAGCACAUUCAUUACCACCAGCAGCACCAAUACACCCAGCAGCACAUCCGCUACCACCAGUAGCACCAAUACACCCAGCAGCACAUCCAUUACCAACAGCAGCACCAAUACACACAGCAGCACAUCCAUUACCACCAGUAGCACCAAUACACCCAGCAGCACAUCCAUUACCACUAGUAGCACCAACACACCCAGCAGCACAUCCAUUACCACCAGCAGCUCCAACACACACAGCAGCACAUCCAUUACCACCACACCCAGCAGCACAUCCAUUACCACCAGCAGCACCAAUAUACCGAGCACCAUAUCCGUUACCACCAGUAGCACCAAUACACCCAGCACCACAUCCAUUACUACCAGCAGCACCAAUACACCCAGCAGCACAUCCAUUACCACCAGUAGCACCAAUACACUCAGCAGCACAUCCAUUACCACCAGCACCAGCACACCCAGCAGCACAUCCAGUACCACCAGCAGCACCAACACACCCAGCAGCACAUCCAUUACCACCAGCAGCACCAACACACCCAGCAGCACAUCCGUUACCACCAGUAACACCAAUACACCCAGCAGCACAUCCAUUACCACCAGUAGCACCAAUACACCCUGCACCACAUCCAGUACCAGUAGCACCAACUCACCCAGCAGCACAUCCAUUACCACCAGUAGCACCAAUACACCCAGCACCACAUCCAUUACCACCAGCAGCACCAGCACACCCAGCAGCACAUCCCACCAAUACACCCAGCAGCACAUCCGUUUCCAGCAGUAG